CCAUUAUCCUGAGCGCGGGCCGCUGGCUGCGCCGGCGCAGUCGCCGCGCGGUACUCUCUCACGCGCGCCUCGCCCGGGACACAGAGCCAAAAGCGAAAUCUAGUCAAGAAGAUGACCGUGAAGAAGCGGCCUUCCGACCUGACGAGCUUGGAGAGGUUCAACCUCUACUACAAGGAGAAGGAGGACCCUCUGACGGCUGGGGAGAAGUUCAGGAGGUUCAUAUGGAACCCGAAGACAAGGCAGUUCUGCGGGAGGACCGGAGCUAGCUGGUCCAAAAUAGCCUUAUUCUACUUCAUCUUCUACAUGGCGCUGGCGAUCCUCGUGGCAAUCUGCAUGUGGACCUUUCUUCAGCUUCUGGACGCGCGGAAGCCUAUGUGGCAGCUUGAGAGCAGCAUCAUCGGCACCAACCCAGGGCUGGGCUUCAGGCCCACGCCGCCAGAGGUUGCUAGCAGCGUCAUCUGGUACAAGGGAAAUGACCCCGGCAGCCACCAGUUCUGGGUGAAGCAGAUGUCCAAGUUCUUGACUGCCUACAAACGUGACGGCAAAAAAGCUGGAGCUGGUCAGAACAUCCACAACUGUGACUUCAAACUGCCUCCUCCAGCGGGUAAGGUGUGUGACGUGGACAUCAGCGCCUGGGGCCCUUGUGUUGAGGACAACAACUUCGCCUACCACAAGUCCACGCCCUGCAUCUUCUUGAAGCUGAACAAGAUCUUCGGGUGGAAGCCCCACUACUAUAACAGCUCCGACAGCUUGCCCGUCGACAUGCCUGAUGACCUGAAGGAGCACAUCAGGAAUAUGACGGCGUAUGAUAAGAAUUAUUUGAACAUGGUGUGGGUAUCGUGCCUGGGCGAGAACCCGGCCGACCGGGAGAACAUCGGGCCCAUCACGUACAUGCCCUACCGGGGUUUCCCCGGCUACUACUUCCCCUACACCAACCAGGAGGGCUACCUCAGCCCGCUGGUCGCAGUGCAUUUGCAGAGGCCUAAGACGGGCAUGCUGAUCAACAUGGAGUGCCGCGCGUGGGCGCACAACAUCAUGUACGACCGCCACGAGGGCAUGGGCACCGUCCACAUCGAGAUCAUGAUCGAGUAGACCAUCACCGGAGUAGGAUGCGAUACGAUAAAAUCUUAUCGAGGUCUUAUCGAUUUUAGACGAUAGACGCUUGUCGUGUAAUCAUCAUCAUCAUCAUCAUCAUCUCAGCCAUAGGACGUCCACUGCUGAACAUAGGCCUACCGGCCUCCCCCAAUGCUUUCCAUGUUACCCGGUUGGUAGCGGCCUGCGUCCAGCGCUUUCCUACUACCUUUAUGAUGUCGUCGGUCCACCUUGUGGGUGGUCGUCUCACGCUGCGUUUGCCGGUACGCGGCCUCCAUUCCAGAACCUUGCUGUCACAUCGGCCGUCAGUUCUGCGUAUGCCCAUUGCCACUUCAGCUUGCUAAUCCGUCGGGCUAUGUCAGCGACUUGUCGUGUAAAGUAAACAUUAUAUUAUCGUCACGCGCAUCAUAGCCUAGCAUUGUAGGCGUUUGUCGUCUAAGACCAUCGUUAAGAUUUUAUCGUCACGUGCACCCUAGCCCGACAGACCUGCACCCGGAGACUAGCUUAUAAAGACACUGCUGUUUUACACUUAGUCCGAGGUGACGUAGCAGAGAGAUGGAACCGAAAUUGUACAUGGCGAAAUUGUUUCCAUUGUUUUUCGUAGCUUUCUAGCAGCCCUUUUUAUAGAUGAACUUAAAAUAUUCUACGAGAAAUCCAGAAUAGUAUCAACGAAGACUGAUCGAAUGCUGAAUUUCAGCCGGAUGUAGAAAUGACAGAGCCUUUUAUACUCAAAACCGUGUGAUGUUUAUUAAUGUAGCUCUACUCUAUGUUUUUUUCUAUCAUAUUUAAAAAUUAAUUGUCCAUGGGUGCAGUAGAGCAGAUGCAAAGUGGAUUCAUAGGGAAGUAACAUGGAUGGAAGUACAAAACCUAAACGAAAUGUACUUCCCAAUGUACCUUCUACAUUGUUUUAUUAUGCUGCUUAAUGACGUAAUAGUCCAAAGAACAAAGGCAUUGUUACCAAAGGUUAAUUCCGUACCAAAGAACAAGUUUGUUUCAGGCAGGUAAGUAUUUGAUAAACUUGAAAAUGCCUUUCAAAGGGUUAAGUAUUAAAUUAUUUUAUGAAUGUGGAAUUAAUGUUUUCAAGAGUGAGAUUACCUUGUAAAUUAU